CAGGUACUUAGGUGACGCCCGCUCUGGUAGUUAAGGCUUUGAAACUCAUUGGGAGGUUCUGACAAUUUAAUCGCGGAUCCUCUGCUUGCUAACUGUGCCUUACUUGCAUUUUCAACAAUUGUCUUCUCAUCAAGCUCGCCAGCGACCUUCAGCACUCCGGGGUGCCGCCUAUACGUCACAACCCCAUUAUGUCUCAAUCAUUGCGUCCAUACCUGUUGGCUGUUAGAUCCUCGCUAACGGCAGCACUCGCGAUAUCGAACUUCGCUUCUCAAACCUCCGAAAGACACAAUGUUCCCGAAAUUGAAGCCGCAACUUCUCCCGAAUUACUUCUCAACCCCCUUACAAUCUCCCGGAAUGAGAACGAGAGGGUCCUUAUCGAGCCCAGCGUGAACAGUGUCCGUGUCAGCAUCCGAAUCAAGCAGGCAGAUGAGAUAGAACAUAUCUUAGUCCACAAGUUCACUAGGUUCCUGACGCAGCGCGCGGAAUCCUUCUUCAUUCUACGGAGAAAGCCAGUGAAGGGUUAUGACAUCUCAUUCCUUAUUACGAACUUCCAUACCGAACAGAUGCUGAAACACAAACUGGUGGACUUUAUCAUUCAAUUUAUGGAGGAAGUGGACAAGGAAAUUUCGGAAAUGAAGCUCUUCUUGAAUGCCCGUGCCCGUUUCGUUGCCGAGUCGUUCCUGACACCGUUCGAUUAGAUCGCCCCAGCUUCAUGGUUGGCACAUGACCUUGAUCUUCCCUUCCUCUAAGGAACAUAUCGUGUACAGAAGUUUGAUGCAUGUUCCUUUCCGCAGUCGUCCAUAUUAUAUCUCGAAAUCAAAUUUGUAGCGACCAUUUCAUCUAUUAUAGGGAAAUCCAGGCUACAUAGAACCGAAC